AGAGAGAGGGGGAGAGAGCGAGAGCUUGCGUGACAAACAUCAAAUGAAACGAAUUGUAUAAAUAAAUGUGGCCCGAGUCGGAGCGAGGCCGCCAUCUUACAUUGCCGAAGCUUCUGUUUCCCUGUCACAUUCUCUCUCUCUUUCUCUCUCUUCGACGUUUUCUGGGCUUUGCUUUUGACAGAUCCCACGCCGUGCCCGCCUUGAAUUCUUGCUCCCCAAUCCGAAUUCUCGCCGCCUGGACGACCCGGAACGUGGGUUCUCGAGAUUCGUUGAUUGGUUCGCGUUGUUGGGUUCGUCGAGAAAGGGAGAGGGGAGGCGACUGUCAUGGCGGCGGCGGCGGCGGCGGCGGCCGCCGGGUUGUUGAUCGCCGUCGCGGCGCUGGCGUCGGCGGCGGCGGUUUCCGGCGGGUUCCCGGCGGCGAUGGUGCUGGAGCGGGCUUUUCCGGUGAGGGGUCACGCGGACAUGGGUCAGCUCAUUGCUCGGGACAGGGCCAGGCACGGCAGGAUGCUGCAGUCCUCCACCGCGGUCGUUGAUUUUGAAGUUGCUGGCAGUUACAAUCCUUACGUCGUUGGGCUUUAUUACACAAAAGUGCAACUGGGUAACCCUGCAAAAGAUUACUACGUACAGAUUGACACAGGAAGUGAUGUUCUGUGGGUUAGUUGUAGCUCCUGCAGUGGUUGUCCUGAUAAAAGUGGACUACCUAUUCAGAUCAAUUCAUUCAAUCCGUCAAGCUCAACGACGGCUUCAACGAUCUCUUGCUCGGACAAACUUUGCACCCAAGGGAUUCAGUCGUCGGACGCGGUCUGCUCUUCACAGACGAACUCUUGCGGUUUCUCAUUCCAAUACGGAGACGGUAGUGGGGCUUCAGGUUAUUAUGUGUCUGACCAGCUGCAUUUGAACACGGUAGUGGGGAACUCUCAGUCUGCUAAUACCUCAGCUUCUGUUGUCUUCGGGUGCGGCACAUCAGUAAAUGGAGAAUUGACAAAAACAGAUAGGGCAGUUGCCGGGAUUUUUGGGUUUGGGCAGCAAAGUAUGUCCGUUAUUUCUCAACUGGCUUCACAGGGAGUGGCACCCAAAGCGUUCUCACAUUGUUUGAGCGGAGACGGGAAUGGCGGGGGCAUAUUAGUCCUUGGCGAAAUUGUGAAUCCAAAUAUAGUCUAUAGUCCACUUGUCCCAUCACAGCCUCAUUACAAUUUGAAUUUGCAAAGCAUUUCCGUGGCCGGGCAACAACUGGCUAUUGAUUCAUCAGUAUUUUCAACAUCAAGCAGCCAAGGGACUAUCAUAGAUUCAGGGACGACACUGGCAUACCUUGCUGAAGGAGCUUAUAACACUUUUGUUACCGCUAUUGCAAAUGCUGUUUCUCAGAAUGCUCAAAGCGUUCCUACCCAAGGAGCUGAAUGUUAUGCCACCACAUCCAGUGUCACGGAUGUGUUUCCUCAAGUUAGCUUGAACUUUGAGGGAGGGGCUUCCAUGAUAUUAACUGCUCAGGAUUAUAUGUUACUGCAGCAAUCUGGCAGCCCUGAAAUAUGGUGCAUUGGCAUUUCAAAAGUACAGGGGCAGGAUAUUACAAUUCUAGGAGACCUUGUCCUACAAAACAAAAUCGUCAUCUAUGACCUGGCUGGGCAACGGAUCGGAUGGGCCAAUUACAAUUGUGCACAGUCCGUGAAUGUGUCAACAGCUAACAACGCCAGUACAAAUGAAUUCGUCAAUGCAGGACAGCUGAGUGAUAAUAGCUCACCUAGAAGCAUGCCUCACCAAUCGUUACCAUUGAUCAUGAUAUUAAUGCUCAGCAUUCUGUUAUUCCUAUAGCAUCUAUCGAAGGAAAGGGGUCUGCGUUCAUUUCUUCACUGUAUAUUUAUGCUGCUUAUUUCUUACUCACGCAGCAGCGAGCGAGAUCAAUUGAUCACUUCUUUUGCAGCCAUUUUGCUGCUCUGGUGUACCAUAGUUUUGCGUUUACUUCAUUUCGAGGAUCAGCAUAUUUAUUCAUUCAGUCAGUGUAGAUUUAUACUUCGUUAGGCUUGUGAUAUAGGCAGUGUUGUAGAUGACAUUUAUAUACAGUUUAUUCAUACGUCAUAAAUCAAUAUUCCAUUUCUUUUUCUCAAAA